AUGACGUUCACUUCCAUCACUCUAAUUUGGAUGUUCUAUGGCAUUGCUAUCCUACUGGCAGCAUUAGGAGCCUCUAUUUUAACGAACUCAUACCAGAUUCCCCGAGGUCGUUCCGCGAUUGUUACGUUUACAACUAUCAUCGUGCUCACUUGUGCGCUUGCGACGCUUUUGCUAAUUCCGGUAGACAUAGCUCUAAUCAGCUCUACAAAUUCAGCUAAUCAGGGAGUCAAAAAAAAAUGGGCGACUCCAGAAACUGUCCGGAAUUUGAUACAGGGGCUUAAACUAUGUUAUAUUGCUUUAUUUGCAAUCGAUACUGUAAUGUGCCUUCUGGUCGUUCCAUUUACAUACUUUUUCUACGAAGAGUACGACGAGAUAGAAUCUGAAGACAGCCGGCAAAAUUUCGGCCACAGACUACUUGGAGCGCUAAAAUAUUCUUUUAUUUUUAUUCUCCUUGUGAUUAUCUCAUUUACAGUUGGUUUCUUUAUCCCUAUGGCUAAGGAUCCAAACUUCAAUUUCGAAUAUUUCAAACAUCUGUUGAUCAAGUCGCAUGGCGAACGUGCUUUGGCUUUUAUCUUGGAUUUAUUUAUAUCUCUCGGAAUCCUUCUCCUAAUUUACUACACCGCGGUUGGGGUAGCUGUAUUUCCGAUAUCGAUAAUUAAAACUAUUCCUUCACAGAGCGUUCCUCAACUGUAUGAAACCACAACUUCAGCCUUGGCGCAAAAUAGACAACUUCAGCGCCAGAUUGAAGUCCGUCAUAACAGUAACAAUAUACCGUUAUCCACAAAAUAUCAGAGGCAACUCGAAGCAUUAGUUCGCGAGGAGCGAACCCUUGUUCGCCGAGAAAGACUAGCUGCUGAGACUUCUAGCCUUGAAGAAUCUAGUCUAUACAGAAUUUGUGACAAAUUUUCUCCUAUAUUCAGACCAUUUAAAAUAUUCCAGGGUGCAAUACUGUUAACUUUUUUUAUCACUAUCUGGGUGUCAAUGUUGGUUGCAAUUAUUGAUAAGGCUAAGAACUCAAUUUGCCAGCAAGGGUGUGGCUACUCUCUAGGGACUAUAGAAUUCUCGUCGCCAACCAACUACCUUCUAAAUCAAGCAUCGAGAAUUACGCCGCUCGAACAUGUUAUUACUACACUUAUCCUCAUCUUCCUGUUUAGUAGCUCUGUAUAUGGAAUCUCUGUCAUUGGUAUCCGCUUUCUUUGGAUCAAAAUUUUUGAGAUCAGGAAAAGACGCACCGAACCUCAAGCAAUGCUAAUUAUGUCAGUCAUGCUGACUCUUAUUGUGCUAGCAAUAGACUACUCAUUUUUUAUGAUUGUGGCACCCCAAUAUUUAAGGUAUGGCACCCAAACCUUCUGCGAUAAUACAAGCGACCAUUACAAGGGCAAAUCGGAUUGUUCGAAUAAUCCAGAGCUGGUAAAAUUGUGCUCGCAACUUCCACCAGACCAUGUGUCGGGUAUUGCUUGCACAGCUAGUGUGAUGUCUUCUAUGCUUAAUCAGCUGGCGAUAAACUUCCCUUUUUUGGGUGCCUUUCAGUUCUGGUCACAGUCCAUAUUUUUAGCUGUCUCUAUAGUAGCUAUUUUUAUCGCACUUCUCCUCGGAACAAAAAUUAAUCUGAGAAAAUUUGAAGAUAUUGCAGAAGCAGAUGAGGACGAGCGUCUAUUGGCUCCAAACGAGCCCCGAUACGGUACAAUAUGGCACGGUGAACGUGGGAAAUUUAUGACAAACCCUCUUAUUGCGGGAGUUGACAACGUGAAUAAUACGAAUAGGUAA